AUGGCGAACAACAAUGAACAACAAUUAGUCGUCUUAGCGGCGUACGAGGCAGUUGAGCAGAUGAAAAUACUACUUGCUAUGUUUGCACAGUUGGUCCGUCUGUUUAUUCGUCGUCGUCGUACGAACUAUAUUAGUAUGGGUACAUCCUAUAGCUUAAGAAGUAGGAUACCAAAUCAGGUUAAAAAUCUGACUUACGUUGUCGGUACGAACGACACACUAUGCCGUAAAAACUUGAGGAUGAACAUGAACACAUUUGGUAGGUUGUGCUACCUUCUUCAAAAUCUAGGCGGGUUAGAAGCCACUAGAAAUGUAUCAGUGACCGAGCAAGUUGCUUUAUUUUUGCACGUGCUUUCCCAUCAUGAAAAAAACGUGAUCAUACAAACAAAUUACCAAGGGUCGGGGUUUACGGUUAGUAAGUACUUCUCGAGGGUUUUGAAAGCGGUCCUGAAAUUGCACAAUGUCAUGCUCGUACAGCCCGUACCCAUGGACGGAAAUUGCGAGGAUGUUCGUUGGAAUUAUUUUGAGGGUUGUUUAGGUGCGUUAGAUGGAACAUAUAUUCAAGUUCGUGUUCCACUAACUGAUAAACCCAGGUAUCGUAAUCGCAAAGGUGAUGUAUCUGUUAAUGUGCUCGCCGUUUCUAAUGUAAAUCUGAAUUUCGUUUACCUACUCACUGGAUGGGAGGGUUCCGCUGCUGAUAGUAGGAUUUGA